AUGCCUGCCCAAGAAGUCAAACAACCCCAAUCCCAGCAGAUGGAGAUGGUGAUUCCCAAGCCCCAGGAAGCUGAUCGUGUUAACACCGAGCAACCGCGCGCUGCAGAGCAAAUGACUGCGGAGCCCGUGAGCAUGCGUGGUGGUGGUAAAGGCGGUAUCUGCUGUGGACUGUAA